AUGAACCGGUCAAGUAGCUACGCCAAGCCGUGCAAGUUCUUCUUGCAGGGCACAUGUCGCAACGGCAACCACUGCCGCUUCGCCCACGACGUUAGUGGCAAUCGAGACCGCACUAGCGGCAGCUUUGGGGUCCAGUCGUCGCAGUCAAUGACGACUCAGGGAGGCACGAUGACGGAGGCUGGACGGGCGUUGGCGAUCGAGGAGCUCCGACAUCCACCCAUGUGGCCACUGUCUGGCUUUGCAGUCACAAAGGGGCUGCCGAGUGUCGUGACAGGUGACGUGAGCUGUGAAGAAGCUCGAUGGGAAGCGUAUCAGGAGCUCAAAGCGUCAGGGAGCUGUAUGCAAUCGAAGCAGAAGCUACAGGCACUGGCAGCGGAGCAGCAGACUCAGCGACAGCGAAUCUUGUCACUGUUGGAGGACUACCAGUCGGCACAGAAGCUGUUCAAUGGAGAGCUGCUGCCAAGUGCAGGAAGCUUUGGUGAACCAAGUGGGGUGUCUAACCCAUUUGGAGGAGGUAGAACCGCUAACCCGUUUGGAGGAGGUGCUGCAUCCAAUUCGUUUAGGGGAGGGACGGCUGCUAGUCCAUUCGGAAGCACAGUGUCAUCGUUUGGCAGUGGUGGUAGUAGUGCUGCGGCUGCUCCCGCAUCGUCACCGUUCGAAAGCCAUGCAACGCAAGCAGUAAGUCCUUUUGGAGGAAGUAGCAGUACUGCGUUUGGAGGUGCUGCUGCGAGUCCUUUUGGGUCUUCGGCGGCUUUUGGUGCGCCAUCAGCGGUUGGGACAGGUAGCGGUGCAGGAUUUAACGCGAGCCCUGCGGCCAACCCAUUCGGAGGAGCUGCCGCUACGUCUGCGUUCAACAAACCUGCGGCUUCUACAGGGAGUCCAUUUGGGACAAACCCUACGUCCACAUUUGGAGUCGCAGCGGCAGCGUCUUCAUCUCCGUUUGGUGGAGCUACCACGGCUUUCGGAGAUAGCAGCGCGGGCUCUAGUCUUGCCGGAUUCGGUGGGAGUGUAGCUAAGCCGGCGGCUUCACCUUUCGGUUCGUCGUCAGGCACAUUUUCGGUCACCACACCAUUUGGCGGCACACCGGGCGCACCAACAUCGACUACCAGCCCAUUUUCCAGGUCGUCGUCGGCAUUUGGCUCAUCGUCUGGCACCUCUACGAAAGCCGCCGAUCCGUUCGGAGUGCCUGCAUCAUUCAGCACCAACUCUUCGUCUUCGCUUGCGGUGCCAUCCAGCAGUCCCUUCGGUGCUCCAGCACUUGCAACAAGUGCCAAUAAUGCAGCCGAAGUGCCUGAAACCUCACCUGCCGGUGCUUCAUCUUCGUUUGGCGGGUCUUCGACACAUGUAGUGGAUACGCCACUGCAUUCAGCUGCUCCAUCUGUUUGCGGCCCCUCUCCUGACGCUCGUGACGACGCUUGGAACGCAGAGCAAUUCCAGCGAGCAGAAUUCGUGUUGGGUAUGAUACCCACUGUUCCACCUCCACCACAGUUCUGCUAG